AACCACUCCCUAAAAUGUAAAGCUGCCAAAAUCAUGCGUCUAUGAUAUUUGAAGAGGCGGGACCUUUUGUUUUUACGGAAAAUUGUCCCCGUCUCAUCAUUGGUUGUACGACUUAAAAAUAGUUAUUUUGGGGUGUGACUUGACACAUGCAGCACGUCCUCAUACACACAAUCACCAACGAUUAGGAGUUGAGUGGAAGAUGUACACACAUAUGGACCACUUACGCAUUCAAAAGUGAUCCAUGUGGACCGUCGGCGACAUUUGCUAGAAGAUGCCUAACUAAGUCUUCACUCUGAUCUCCGGCAUCAAGGAUUUCAUAUCUUUUCAAUCUUCGCGCCGCGAUAUUUUCACAAGUUCCUUGUUUAUUACUGUCAAGUUUUAUAAAAAUUAUUAUUUAAUCUUCUAUUUUUGGUGUUUGGAUCUAUUUUUACAAGAAAAAAUUGAAAUAUUCUAGUGGUGGUUUCGGAUUUUCUCAGAGCAUUUCUUGAAGUGUUGUUGUAUCCUAGUGACAAGUGUUUGGUGUAUUUGUGAUGUGUCUACGAUUUUAAUUCUUCCACUAUUCGAGAAUUAAAUACUUGAAUUAGAAGAAGAUAUUAGUGCCGUAUUAGUGUUUAGUACCGAAAAUAAACCCCCCAAAAAAAAGGAACAGGGAAAGGAAGUAGAAAAAGAAUAUUAAGUGAAAGAAGAAUUUGGAAAAAUGAGUUUUUGGGGGAUGAGGUAGGAAGUUAAUUUUUGACGGUAUCAUAUUUCAAAAAGGAAGUGCAAAGUUAUUUGUGAAAUGAUGACCCUCAUGACAGACGUCGGACCAUACCAGUACGAAUCGUACGACAGUUAUCAUCAUCACCAUCAUCAUAGACGGCACUUUUACUCCAGCAGUGAUGCGGAUUAUUUGCAGAGAUACGUGUCUGAUCGUGAUAGGGAGGAGCAAACAAGAAUUGCAAGUACCGAUAGCAGUUUGGCAUCAAACGGAAGUGUCAACUCUGUGGAUUGUCGCCACGAACAUCUCAGAUCACAUUCUCGUUAUAUACCUGACUCGGAUGAUGCGUCGUCGAUAGUGUCGGCGGAUGCAUCUGCAGAUUUGGGAUCGCCCUCAGCAGAUGGUGAGGAAACGACCGAGAGCGAAACAGUGGAACAUGUGCCGCAUCCUCAUGUUUUGGAUGCAGGUUCACCCCAUGGACCACGAAGAUGUCUCCUCUGGGCUUGUAAGGCUUGCAAAAAAAAGACCGUCACGGUUGAUCGAAGAAAGGCAGCAACUCUUCGUGAAAGACGUCGACUUCGAAAGGUGAAUGAGGCUUUUGAGGUGUUAAAAAGGAGGACCAGUAAUAAUCCUAAUCAACGUCUACCAAAAGUGGAAAUUUUAAGAAAUGCAAUCGAAUAUAUCGAAAGUCUUGAAGCAAUAUUACAAGGAAAUCGAGGAUCGGGACAUCAAGAUCACGUAUCAGUUGAACAUAUGAAUGGAGAUUCGCCGCAAUACGUUACGGACCGACUUCGACAAUUCUCGGAUCCUUUGGCAAGGUUUCAACCAAUCAAUGGAUACGAUCAUGGGGAGUCACAACAGUCUCAAAACACAGGAAGUAGCCUGGAUUGUCUAAAUAUGAUUGUCCAAAGUAUCAGUGGAACCGCGUCACCAACGACAAAUAAUAAUUGUUUGUCUCACCAUUAAAAUAAAAAUUAUUUUCACAGUAUUAGAAUAUGUAAUAAAAUUAAGAAAUUAGGACAAAAUUUAUUAAAACUAUAUUCUUCAACGUGAAAUCAUAUAUCUAAAUGUUUAAAUUAUUAGGGUUAAUAACAAUUUUUUAUUAGCUUUAUUUAAAUUUAUUUACUUUUAUGUAUUAUUAAGCAAAAAAGUCUUAUCGAUCGUGUUUAUAAAAAAAAAAGUUUUUUUUUAAACCACGACCGACAAGUCUUUUUACUCAAUAAUACUUAAUAAACGAUCACUAACUUCAAAUAUAUAUUUAUUACUUUCAAUUUUUUAAAAAUUCUAAAUUUUUUGAGACAAAAUUGCAAUAAAUCUAGCAUCUAAUGAAUAAAAUCAUAAAUUAUGAUCAGUAGACAAGUAAUUAAUUUCUACAAUUAAAGAUAAUUAAAGAUAAUAAUUUAUAAAGAAAUUUUUAGUGCAAACUUGUUUUCUAUUUAAAAUUAGAUUAAACUAUAUUUUAUCACGAACGUUAUUUAAAAUAAAUUUGUAAAAUAAUUUUCUAAACUGUACGAAUCCAUUGUGUAUCUUAAUCAUUGCAACGUGAUUUUAAUUUUAUACGAAUAGUGUAAACUAUAUUUGUUGUACAAUUUUUUCACUGAAAGAAAGUAUUGUAUGCAUGAGAGAGUCUUUUAAUAUUCGCAUAAUGUAAAUUAUGCUUUUUAUAUAAUUGAAAAUUUAAUUAUAAUCAAAAAGAUGCGAAGAAAAAGUAAUAAGAAGAAUAGGUAGAGCGUUAUUCAGGUGAUAUUAUUUACUUUUGUAAAUAAUGAGAUCAAUUAUAGUUUCAAAAGAGAAUGUAAAGGCUGAAGAAUGACGAUAAAACAAUAACUAUAUAAUAUAAAAUUAUUAUUUAUAAGAAAUGUGGUUGAAAUUUAAAUAUAAAAGACUCGCCAAUUAAAU